ACACUUAUCUCUCCAUGGGAUAGGCAGCAAUGCCAAUAAAACACGCACAGAUUCACACAAAAUUACCAGCAGUAUAUUUCCAUAUAGAUCCACAGUAAAAUAUUUAUAGUAAAUAUGACUUAAUCUUUUAUUUGUUUUGGUGAUAAUGUACGUUGACAUGAGGCGUUGAAGAUCAUUGCUGAACACCAUGCCAGGAGAGAAGGCUGUCUACAAGGGGGUACCAGCGGAUGACAAAUAUGAAGGGUCAUCACCAAAAAUUCCGGCACCAAAAGGCUUUGGCACCCGCCACACUCAAGCUUUGGUACUGUUUAUAUGUUUAACCGUGGCGUACACCAUGAGGGCUCAGCUCAGCGUGUCUAUGGUAGCCAUAACUGGUCACGCGGUCACAGAAAGUGAACUCUGCAGUAAUGUAAGCACCAGUGAGAAUACCAGCUGUGUUACAGAAGAAAUCAGCGCCUGGAGUGUUUAUCGUACGUACAACUGGAAUAAAUCGACUCAAGAAAUGAUAUUGUUCGCGUUCUUCGUCGGCUACACCACCAUGAUGAUCCCGAUGGGUAUAAUAGCGCAGAAAUUCGGUGGAAAAUUUCCGAUCAGUGUGGCGCUAUUCGUUAAUGGAGUUGUCUCUAUCAUCAGCCCUUGGAUCCCUUUAUUUAGCGGAUGGAUGGGUCUGGCCACAUGUCGAUUGAUUCAAGGGAUGACACAAGCAGCUCUCUAUCCGAGCAUGCACACAAUGCUGGGUAAAUGGGCACCGUUGAGUGAAAGAGGAAGAUUGAGCACUUAUGUCUACACGGGAUCUCAAUUCGGAACAAUCUUGAUCUUCGAAAUAUCAGGACUAUUUGCUGGUACACCGGUCCUUGGUUGGCCCGCUAUAUUUUGGUUAUGCGGUAUCCUCAGUUUUGCCAGUUUCGGUCUUCUUAUCUGGUUCGUCGCUCCGUCUCCUCGCGAACAUCCGACCAUAAGUGCUGAAGAAUUAUCUUACAUUACGCAAGAUGGAAAUGUUGAUGCUUUCCCGAAGAAACGCAGAACGCCAUGGACGCAUAUCCUCACUAGCACAGCAGUUUGGGGUCUGGUAGUGAGCCACGCCGGGAGUUCGGCAGGAUACCUUCUAGUCCUCACUCAGAUGCCAACGUACAUGAACGAAAUACUUAACGUAAACAUUGAAACUAAUGGAAUCUACUCAUCCCUUCCUUACUUAUCGAUGUUCACGAUGGCUAUAUUUUUCGGCUACAUAUCUGAUUACUUACUGAACAAAAAGAUUAUGACAGUAGCCAACAUCAGAAGAACAGCGAAUACCAUAGGAAUGGUACUAUCUGGGUUUUUCUUGAUUGGAUUCUGCUACGUGGAUAAGGCCUGGUUGGCUGUAUUGCUGCUAAUGAUAUCAUUUGGCAUGCAUUCUGCUGUUCACACUGGAUUCCAUAUAAAUCAAAUAGACUUGUCGCCGAACUUUGCUGGUCCCAUCAUGUCUCUGGGAAACAUGGUGGCGAACCUGACCAGUCUGCUGGUACCGGUCAUUGUUUCAAACAUCGUGAAAGAUGAUUUGAAAAAUCCGAGCAGAUGGCAAAUAGUGUUCCUCAUAACCGUGUCCUUCCAGUUCAUAACCAAUGCUGUCUUCGUGAUAUUCGUGAAAGGGUCGGUGCAGCCAUGGAACUUUCACGACGAAGAAAGAAUCGGUACAGGUGUAGAAGAAUUAAAAUCGCUUAACGACCACAAAAACAGCAUCAAAGAAAAGGAGAAAUUAGGAAAUUCCUGACGUGUUUUUAUUUUGUAACAACUUGUGCUUUAUGUUUAAUAAAAAAAGUUUCGUGCGU